GGCAAAUGUUGGGGCCCUUUUCUUUCUCGUGUCUUCUUGUGUCCAGACUCCAUGUCUUCUCGAUUUCAUCUGAUCCAUUUCGUUGUAUGUUGGAGUCCCCGUCCUUGAUAUAGGAACUUGCGUCCGUUCUGCGAGGUUGUUUUGCGAAACGAGAGAGAUGUCAGGACGAUGACCUCGUUCGAAUCCGCGGUCGUCUCGGCGGUGGCGUUGGCGGUCUUGUCGGGUUGUUUUGUUUUAGUACGGUUUGUGGCUCGCCUUGCUUUCGUCAAGCAUGUCGGGCCAGAUGAUAUCCUGAUUGCUCUGGCCUGGGCGGCUGCCGUGGCACUUGCAAUUGUCACUCAUCAGCAGAGACACGACGACUCUUCAACAUCUUCCUCAACAGCAGAGCAGAACAGCAUGACAACGCUGCUGAGGCAAUUGUGGGCGUCCAACUUCACCUAUGACUUCGCCGUCCUACUUCUCAAAGACUCCCUCCUGUUGCAGUAUCUUCGCUUUUCAAUCGACACAGGCUACCGACGCGCAUGCUGGGCGUUGGGUGCCAUCGUUACAGCCUACGGAAUUACAGCUCUGUUUGUGGGGAUUUUUUCUUGCCGACCGAUAGCAUUUAGUUGGGACGACCACAUUUCUAGCGGCAGGUGCAUCAAUUUCCUGGCGUUCUGGCUGUUCAACGCGUCUUUCAACUCUGCCACGGAUAUCAUCGUCUUUUGUUUACCAGUACCAGUGCUGAGGGCAUUGCAGCUGCCCAAGCACCAGAUGGGCCUGUUGUCCAGUAUCUUCGUCCUUGGAGCCUUUGUCUGCAUAGCUUCCGUCGUCCGCCUCACGGCGGUCUACUCUGCCACGUUUCACCAUCAAAACGAUCCCUCCAUCGCGAUUUGGUCAACAGUCGAAGUCAACAUCGGCAUCAUAUGUGCCUGUCUACCAUCCUUCCGCCACCCCUUGGCUCAGCUCUGGCCAAGGAUCCUGGACGUCAAGCGACGUCUCAACUCUGGGCCCCAAGCUCCUCGGACCUCAAUUACUCUAACGGAGGAGACACACGCUACCGAAAAGACCCUCGAAUCUUUCGACUUGCGACCCUGUACCUCAACCAGCGAGGCCGGAUCCUCGCGUUACAGUCGAACAACGUGGCACCAGACCGACGAGGAAGCGGUCACUCCACAGCACACGCCCUCCCCUCCCAUCUCCAACCUAGAACUCGAACCCUCUUGGCCCUCGAUUGCCACAGCCGUCGAAACCCCUGACGAUAAAGACAACAAUAAACCACUUCCACUGCCACCACUCCCAUCAAUUCCCGCUCCCACCGCUCGCCCUUCCGGCCCUCGACCCGACGCUCCUUCUCGGCCUCAGAUCCAUCGCUCUCGCAGCUACUACCUCCGCGACCCCUCGAGUUGGCGCUUCCGCUUCCAACUAGGCAGCAUCCCCGAAGCUGAUUCCCAAAGGGAGAGCUUGGCCAGUCCGAGUCUCGCCUCUCCCAAGUCGAGAUCUCCGCCAAAAUCUCCAAGCAAGUCUCCCCAGCUGCUCCUGCAAGCCGCACCGCCCAUCUCCCCUGCCGCCCAUCCAUCCUCCCGAUCCGCCGGCAACACCUCCUACGACGGCGACAAAUCCUACCGCAAGAUCGCACCUUGGAGCGCACAAUCUUCUCCCGGGGGCGCACCGCCCUCCCCGGGAAGCAGCACGUACAGCUACGAGAUCCUCGGCGGGCCGAAAGCUCUAGCUGCCUCCCCGACAGCGAUGGACAGGUGUCGUGGUCUCUCGCUCUCGCUCUCGCUCUCGCCAACGAAGUCAAAACGAGAAGAUGCGCGCCGAGAAAGGGAGCGCACGAGGCGAAAAGCCCGCGAGCGAGAGCGAGAAGAUGAACGCUUGCGAGAAAGGGAACAGCAGAGGCGACAAGGCGAGAGACCGAAAGGGCCUCGAGAAAUGAGCGAGAGGGGUGCUCUAAGUUAUGUCGCUACAAGUGAAUAUUCCAUCCAGCCUCUGUGACUCCGGCCGGGCACGAGCUCCCAAGCGUCAACAAGUAUACAAGAGUAUAUACGAUUUACAUACACAUAUAUUUCCAUGUUUAAUGACUACUCUAGAG